GCCGUGCGACUUUCAUAACCCAGCGUGCUGCCACGUGUCUGCACAGACCCCGGCUGCCUUGGGGGACACAGGGCUCAUCCUGUGCUCCGGCUGAUAUGUCCAACUGUGUACGCUGAUGGCAGGAUGGGAGCAGAGGGCUGAGCAGUGCAGGGAGCUGGGGCUGUAGAGCCUGCCCCAUGGACAGGGGGUGGCCCUGGCACAUGGGGUGCAGCAAUCCACCUUGGAGUUAACACAGGCUGCCUUGUCCUCGCCGCACUGUGACACCAAAUACUUCAGCUGAGGUGUAGCCCUGGAGCUCAUGCACCUUCCUCUCCCCUGUAGGAACAGGGGGACAGAGCUGUCGUCUCCCUCUGCAGGCAGCAGGUCCGGAAAGAUGACUCGCUGCCAGGUGGUUGCCAUCCUCCUGCUUUCCUUCCUUCCCAGGACCGCAGCUGGAAGUUCGCUUCCCACCCUCGUUCCCAGGUCCACAGUGCAGCUGGGCAGAGCGCGGUUCUCGGCCCGGCCCGUGCUGGAUUUGGCUACACGCUGUGACCAGGCGUGUGUCCGCAGGGAGGCCGCCCUGCUGCCCCAGGACUUCCAGGAGUACCUCUUUUAUGAGACACUGUACGCCAACGGCACCCGCACUCUCACCACGGUGGAGCUGAGCCCCGGUGAGGGCAGCACGGACAGGAGGUGGCCGAGGAGGCGCAUGCGGCGCAAGCGACAGAUUUACGGCACAGAUGGGCGGUUUUCCAUCAGUGGCAACCACUUCCUGAUGGAUUUCCCCUUCUCCACCACUGUUAAGAUCUCCACGGGGUGCACGGGGGUGCUGGUGUCCGAGCAGCACGUCCUCACAGCUGCCCACUGUGUCCACGAUGGCCGAGACUACGUGAAGGGUGCCAGGAAGAUCAAGGUGGGCUUCCUGAUGCCAGCCAAUGGCACGGGGAGGCCGGCGAUGCGCUGGGCUCGUGUGAGGCGCACGCAGGUGCCCAAGGGUUGGAUCCAGAGCCUCAACUCGGUCAGCAUGGACUACGAUUACGCCCUUUUGGAGCUGCACAGACCACACCGGCGCCCGCACAUGGAGCUGACGGUGGCUCCGGCAGCAGAAGAAAUGGCUGGGAAGAGGAUUCAUUUCUCAGGGUUUGACAGCGACCGGCCGGGAGAGCUGGUGUACCGCUUCUGUGGGGUGGAAGAUGAGACGACACAUCUCAUCUACCAGCACUGCGAUGCCAGGCCUGGCGCAUCCGGCUCUGGGGUGUAUGGCAAGGUGUGGGAUCCCGUGCGGCACAAGUGGGAGAGGAAGGUGAUCGGUGUCUUCUCUGGGCAUCAGUGGCUGGAAGUGGGGGGGGAGCAGCACGACUAUAACGUUGCUGUUCGCCUGACUGCUCCCAAGUUUGCUCAGAUUUGUUAUUGGAUCAGAGGGGACUAUAAAAGCUGCCAGAAUGAAUGAGAACCGGAGCUUUCCUCCUCCCCUCCCCAGUGCAGACAGCUCUGAGUGUGGUGUUUGUGAGUGAGAAUGAGAGUGAGGAGGAGCAUUGCCUGCCAGAACUGCUCCGCUGCUAAACUUAAUUCUGUCCCGGAGUGAUAGGGUCUCUGCAACACACAUGGGAUCCAGCAGAGAGACUCAGCUAAGCCUGAAGAGCGUGUAAGCUCUUGUGGUGAACUCAGCAUCAGACUUCUUUGCUAGAGAAUCAGGUCCAGGCUGCUACCUGCAGCAGGUUAACUGCUAGCAGCUCUUAGAGUCGGUCACUGCAUGCCUGUUCCCAGCUGCGCUGCUUCCCUUGGGUCACUUCAGGUGUCUCGGUUUGCUGGCUGUGCUGCCCUGCUCGGCACUGCCCCAGUUCUGUGAGGACAAAGGACUUUUUCUUCUAACGGCGCCUUUGUGUGCCUGAUGAAAGAUGCCUGAAAAGCAACCCUGGAGCCUGAGGUUUUUGGGCACAGUGCUCCAGCAAGGAGUGCAGCCAGGGCAGGAGGGGCUGCUCCAGCAUGCUGGCAGCGCUGGUCUUUGAUCACACCCCUGGCAAGGGUGGCUCUUCUGACUGCUGCAGUGUGGUGCCAUGUAGGUACCUACGUGCUGCAGCCCAGGCUAAGAGCUGGGAUUGCCUACUUACUUGUAAACCUUCUCAUCUCUCUUUAAUUCUCUGUGGGAUGGGUGGCUUUAGAAGGAAGGCAUUUACAGCAGCUGUAGUAUUUGAGAUGGAUUCUUUUAAGCAAAUACGUGUAUUUCAAUAAAUGUCAGCACAAAUCUCUUUGCAAACGUUAUGCCGAAAGGGGAACGGUGCACAGCUUGCCAACACUGGUCUGGGACCUGCUGGAGAAGGGAGGUAUCUCCCUCCAGGCAAAGAUGAGCAGGACAAGCAGACCUGUGCAGAGAAGAAAUUGCAGUGUCUUGGGAAGCAGGGACAGACAUGCCUGCCACAGUCAUGGAACAGCCCACGCAGGUGCUCGACUAAACAGAUUUCUGCAUGUUCUGUCACACACGUAGGAAUUACAUGACCAACAGGCCACAUCAGGGGCAAACCGAGAGCUUGCCUUGUCUCCCUACCUCAUAUAGAUGAGAUUCUGUUGCUACCAGAAGAGUUUCACAGCAGAUUUCCCUGUUUUUCUCACAUCUUCUGCUAGCUGUUUGCCCAAGCAAUUUUUCUGUGUAAUCCGUAUCCCCCCAAAGGACCUCACGUGAUGCUGCUUUGCCAGGCUGGGCAGACAACUGCUUAGAUUUUUCCCUUUAAAUUCAGCAUCCUGCUCCUUUUCCCUGCAUCUCAGGGGGCAGCUCGUAUCACAGACUUGUCAACUCUGUCAUUUCUUCAGUCAGGUGAGGUCUAAACAUGCAGCUCCUUCAGGACUUGUGACAGCUGUCAGAAUGCAGCAACCUGACUUGCAAAACAAGUAAGUAGGAGACGUUUCAGGACAUUAAUGCUACCAUCCCAUCCUCCUCAGUAAUGUGAGAGUUAAAGUAAUUUAAAUGAUAAUGCCUGGUCUACACACGGGUGUGCAACAUUACAGUAUGUAUUAUCUUGGAUGAGACAGCCCAUGAGCAAUUGUGAUUACAUACUACUGGACAAGGAGCAGCUACUAUUAUUGACAUCAUACUAAACCAAAUUAGUCAGAAUUUAAUUUGUCCAAUGAAAUCACUAACCCUGGCUGGGAGGUUUUGGGGGACGGAUCAGUGGAGGGGUUUUAAUCUUCUCUGGUCCCUUGUUUGGACCUAGGAAAAAUUUAAGAGUAUCAGCCAUGCUUCUCUUAAAUGGGGAAGAAAGUCUAUCAUGAACACAGGGAAGGGAGUUUCUGGUUCCUUCUUCUCUGAAAUGCACAUCACACUUUUGUAUUGCUUCAUAUAUGUUUCACACUGUGGAACAAUUGACAAGAUCACAAGCUUUCCCGGAAUCUGUUGGUAUGAAAUGUAAGGAUUUCUAACUCAGAGCAGCUAUAGACUUUAUAAGCACUUGCCCUCUGAUAUCAGCCAUCAGCUAUUGCAAAGCAGAAGAGGAAAAGCCAGUAGUAAGGGAAGCCAACAGAAAUACAGCAAGACUUG